AUGUCUUCCAUAGUGAAAGGCGUAUUCAUAAGGAGCAGAGGUGAUGAUAUUAGUAAUAUGGUUUGGAAUGGGAAGAAGAAAUAUGUGGAGCAUAGCCAUGUUGUUGUGGUUGGUGGGGGAAGAAGAACAAGAGCGCACUGGGAGUUUCGGCUGAGAUCAAAAUCAAACAGGUUGACGACAUGGAAGAGAGGUAGAAGAUCGUAUCAACCUGUAAUACGUGGCCAAGCAAUUCUUACCCCAGCAACCCCACCCACCACCAAGAAGCGGGUAUUCACUUUUGGCAAAGGUACAAGUGAAGGAAACAAGACCAUGAAGUCCUUGUUGGGAGGAAAGGGAGCCAACCUCGCAGAAAUGGCAACCAUUGGCUUAUCUGUGCCUCCUGGACUCACUAUAUCAACAGAAGCAUGCAAAGAAUAUCAACAGAAUGGAAAGAAGCUACCAGAUGGCUUGUGGGAGGAGGUACUUCAAGGCUUGCAUUUUGUGGAGAAUGAAAUGGGAGCCACCCUUGGAAAUCCUUCAAAGCCUCUUCUACUAUCUGUUCGCUCUGGUGCUGCGAUUUCCAUGCCUGGGAUGAUGGACACUGUUCUCAACCUAGGAUUGAAUGAUGAAGUGGUUGCCGGGUUGGCAGCAAAAAGUGGAGAGCGGUUUGCUUAUGAUUCUUAUAGGCGUUUCUUAGACAUGUUUGGAGAUGUUGUAAUGGACAUUUCUCACUCGCUAUUUGAGGACAAGUUAGAAAAGCUAAAAAGUGCAAGAGGUGUUAAACUUGACACAGAUCUAACAGCCUAUGAUCUCAAAGAGCUAGUUGAGCAGUACAAGAAUGUGUACCUUGAAGCCAUGGGAGAAAAGUUUCCCUCAGAUCCAAAGAAGCAGUUAGAAUUAGCUAUUAAAGCUGUUUUUAAUUCUUGGGAUAGCCCAAGGGCAAUUAAGUAUCGGAACAUUAAUCAAAUAACUGGGCUAAAGGGAACUGCUGUGAACAUUCAGUCCAUGGUGUUUGGUAACAUGGGAAACACUUCCGGAACUGGCGUCCUUUUCACUAGAAAUCCAAGCACGGGUGAAAACAAACUUUAUGGCGAAUUUCUAAUUAAUGCUCAGGGAGAGGAUGUAGUUGCUGGAAUCAGGACACCUGAAGAUUUGGAAGUCAUGAAAUUUUGCAUGCCAGAAGCUUAUAAAGAACUUCAGGAGAAUUGUGAACUUUUAGAGAAACAUUACAAGGAUAUGAUGGAUAUUGAGUUCACUGUCCAAGAAAAUAGAUUGUGGAUGUUGCAAUGUCGAAGCGGAAAACGUACUGGUAAAGGUGCAAUCAAAAUAGCCGUGGAUAUGGUUAACGAGGGGCUUGUUGACAUUCGUUCUGCAAUCAAGAUGGUAGAACCACAACAUCUUGAUCAACUCCUACACCCACAGUUUGAGGAUCCAUCUGCUUACAAGGACAAAGUGGUUGCCAUUGGUUUGCCUGCAUCCCCUGGAGCCGCAAUAGGGCAGGUGGUGUUCACGGCUGAUGAUGCUGAAGAAUGGCAUGCACAAGGAAAGAGUGUUAUCUUGGUAAGGAAUGAGACAAGCCCAGAGGAUGUUGGGGGUAUGCAUGCAGCUACAGGAAUCUUGACGGCUAGGGGUGGUAUGACAUCUCAUGCUGCUGUUGUAGCCCGUGGAUGGGGAAAGUGUUGUGUGUCUGGUUGCUCUGAUAUACUUGUAAAUGAUGCUGAGAAGGUGUUUGUAGUCGGGGAAAAGGUGAUAGCAGAAGGAGAAUGGCUCUCACUGAAUGGAUCCACAGGUGAGGUGAUAUUGGGAAAACAACCACUUUCUCCUCCAGCUCUAAGUGAUGAUUUAGGAACUUUCAUGUCUUGGGCAGAUGAAAUAAGGCAUCUGAAGGUUAUGGCAAAUGCUGACUCUCCUGAAGAUGCAGUAACAGCUAGACAAAAUGGUGCUCAAGGGAUUGGACUUUGCAGGACAGAGCAUAUGUUUUUUGCUUCAGACGAAAGAAUAAAGGCUGUGAGAAUGAUGAUAAUGGCUGUUACAGCAGAGCAGCGGAAAGCUGCACUGGACUUGUUGCUACCUUACCAAAGAUCAGAUUUUGAGGGGAUAUUUCGUGCAAUGGAUGGUCUGCCAGUAACAAUUCGAUUGUUAGAUCCUCCACUUCAUGAAUUUCUUCCAGAGGGUGACCUGGAACACAUUGUUAGCGAACUAACUUCUGAAACAGGAAUGAAAGAAGAAGAAAUCUUCUCCAGGAUAGAAAAACUAUCAGAAGUGAACCCCAUGCUCGGUUUUCGUGGCUGCAGGUUGGGAAUAUCAUACCCAGAAUUGACUGAGAUGCAGGCCCGUGCAAUCUUUCAGGCUGCUGUUUCAGUGAAAAACCAUGGUAUUACAGUUCUUCCAGAGAUAAUGGUUCCACUUAUCGGUACACCUCAGGAAUUAAGGCAUCAAGUAAGUUUAAUAAGGAACGUUGCUGAUAAAGUUUUGUCUGAGACGGGUUCUUCCUUAAGCUAUAAGGUUGGGACUAUGAUUGAAGUUCCAAGAGCUGCGCUAGUUGCAGAGGAGAUCGCAAAAGAAGCAGAGUUCUUUUCAUUCGGAACCAAUGACCUUACUCAAAUGACAUUUGGAUAUAGUAGAGAUGAUGUUGGAAAAUUUCUUCCCAUCUACCUAUCCACUGGGAUUCUGCAGCAUGAUCCAUUCGAGGUACUUGAUCAGAAAGGUGUGGGUCAACUAAUCAAGAUUUGCACAGAAAAAGGUCGUACUGCUAGACCAAACCUAAAGGUUGGAAUAUGUGGAGAGCAUGGUGGGGAACCUUCUUCUGUCGCAUUCUUUGCUGAAAUUGGACUUGACUAUGUUUCAUGUUCACCUUUUAGGGUUCCAAUUGCUAGGCUUGCGGCAGCUCAAGUUGCAGCAUAA